AAAAUGGCUCUUGAAAUAGAGAGUGCAGAUGUUAUAAGAUUAAUACAACAAUAUCUAAAAGAAAACAACCUUCAAAGAUCACUACUUACACUACAAGAGGAGACUGGUAUAUCUCUCAAUACAGUGGAUUCUAUUGAAAGUUUUGUGUCAGAUAUCAGUAAAGGACACUGGGAUGCUGUUCUUCAAGCCAUUCAAUCUCUGAAACUACCAGACAAAACAUUAAUUGACCUAUAUGAACAGAUAGUGAUUGAGUUGAUUGAGUUAAGAGAAUUAGGGGCAGCCCGUUCCUUACUAAGACAGACUGAUCCGAUGAUAAUGCUGAAACAGCAGCAGCCGGAGCGAUACAUACACCUGGAGAACCUGCUGGCAAGAUCUUACUUUGACCCGAGAGAAGCUUACACUAAUGGAAGCAGUAAAGAGAAGAGAAGAGCUGCUAUAGCUAAUGGUAUUGAAUU